UUUGUUCUCAAUAACCAUCAUCAUCAUCAUCAUCAUCAGCAUCAUCAGGCAAAUCGCGUGAGUUUAUACAGUACCAAUAACUGGUUUUUUUCGGUGUAAUUACAAGCUAAAAAAACUAGUUUUUUAAUCUUUAUUUGUUUUUCUCCAUACAUCAUCUCUCUCGAGGAGGAGGCUCGACUUUCGUUUCUCAAUUACAGCUCCAGCCAGUUCCAGGAGGGCAUAAUUGAAUAAUAUAUUCGUCCAUCCAUCCGAACUCGCAGCGCAUCGCAUCGCAGGUCGAACCGUUCCACGACACCGAUAUCGCGCGCAGUCGCUACAAUCCUAUACCGAUCGUCACGAUGCGAGUCUUGUUGAUCGUCUUCGCGUGCGCGAUAGUCGUUACUGCGUCGUCACACAAGCCGCUGCAGGCCGAGAAGGAGCCGUCGCCGGACGACAAUCUGUUGACCGCAGCCACGACGACCGCGCCCGAAAUUAACCGUAACGAGUACUAUCACGGCCUGCUGAACAAUUGCAGCCGGGCCCAGAACAUAACGGUCGAGCAGUACAUUUACGCGUCGGCGAGAAACAAUACGAACGGCGUGUGGGAGCUGGCCAAGUGCGUCGACGAGUGCAUGCUCAAGACCCUAAGUGUGAUGAAGCCGGACGGCAAGGUGGACAUGGACCUGGCCAUGGAGCAUCUGCUGUGGGGCGAGCCGGGCCUGCAGAGGAACACCACCAAGUCCGCCAUCGAGAAUUGCCAUAUCACCGGUUCGGCUUUGUCAAUCUAUAUGAAUAAUAACUUUUAUCUCAUGUCUUUGCUCUGCUGUUUCUUUUUUCCAUUUUGCGGCAGUUUACAUGACUAAAGAAACUCGUGUGUGCUUUGUGUUUUUUUUUUUGUUUUUUUUUUGUUUUUGGAUUCUCUCUCUCCUGAUUAGGCUUGGACGACUGCAACGCCGCGCACAAUCUCAUGGUCUGCGCUCUGGGCGAUUAUCGGAAGCGAAAAUAGCUCCGAAAAGAGAAAAGUUCA